AUGUCCAUCGACAACAAAGCUCCCAAGGAGGAUACUCCCGAGACCACGGGCUCUAGUCCCGAAGCCGACCAGCCCGGCGCUGCCAACGGCUCCCCGAACAACGCCAAUGCUGCCACCGAGAAUCAGCAGCCCAAGCGAAAGGGCGGCCGUAAGCCCAUUUACGCUACCUCGGAGGAGCGUAAGCAGCGAAACCGCCAGGCCCAAGCCGCUUUUCGCGAGCGCCGCACUGAGUACAUCAAGCAGCUCGAAGAGGCCAUCCGCGUCCACGAGUCCAACCUGCAUAACCUUCAGGCCGCUCACCGGACUGCCGCCGAUGAGUGUUUGAUGCUGCGCUACAAGAACUCUUUGCUGGAGCGUAUUCUUUUGGAGAAGGGUAUCGAUGUUCAGGCCGAGCUUCGAGCCAAAACCGGCAGUCCCAACUUGGGGCCGACUCAUGCUCCCCAGAACAUGGUUCAGCCUCCACCCAUCCAGCGUGCCAUCCUGAAUAGACAUCACCAGUCGCGAAGGUCUCACUCGAGCAUCGCCCCGAAGCUCGAACCCGGCAUCAACAGCCUGCCUCCACCGAUACAGGCUGCUCAUUCGGUCGCGUCGCCCAAGGGCCGACCUACGCCAUCGUCUCAUUCCAACUCCCCCACGAACACGGCCGCGUAUGGCAGUCAGCCAGCGCUGUCGCCGGCGGCCUCCGACCACGGUCCGCUUCGCCCAGGCAUAGCAUCGUCCAUGAAGCCCCAGCUCAGCCCAAUGGGCCCCAUGAACCCGGCCGCUCGAGCUCACAUGAUGUCCGGCGGUCCUCCUCGAGUUGGCAACACCGGCUCAUACUAUCCGUCACCUGGCUUCCAGAACCACAUUGAGCAGCUAGAACAAGAAUAUGAUGCUCCUGCAGCUAUGAUGGAGGAUUCCGAGAUCGAUACCCCAAGUGGUCCCGGUCCAUACCCCAGCGGCUUCUCCGGCGAUGCGCCGCAACAGAUGAUGCCUUCCCCGAAUUCUGUUGGCCACGGCCAGCACAUGCCAUCUCAGGGCGAAUCUACGCAGCCUGCCCAUACGAGCCAGGGUGCAUAUCCUUCCAUGACGCAGCUCUUGGACACCGGCAUGGAAUGGGACCCCUUUGGACUGAGCGCCAGCAUGGCCUUCCCGUCACAGUUCUCUUUCGACACGAGCAACAUGCGAUAA